AUGUGUGAACCGUACGACCGGACGGUCAAGAUAUCCCUGGCUCGUUCAACGAGCUGUGCGACUCUCUAUGACAGAAUCACAGCUGUGCUCGGACGUAACUCUGACAUUGUCCGCCUAACCUCGCGCGGUGGUCACUCUAUUUGCCCCUCAUACACUCUGAAUGAAUUGGCCGGUGUGUAUCCGUGUGUCGAUCUCGAACUUCGGGUCCGCCAUCUCGGUGGCAAGGGCGGUUUUGGUAAUAUGCUGCGUGCCCAAGGCGGUCGAAUGAGUGCGCGUGGGAAGCAUGAGAGUCAAGAUUCUUGUCGAGACUUGCAGGGGCGCCGUCUUGGCUCGAUCAAGGAAGCCCAGCUUCUGGCUGAAUAUAUAGCCAAGGAACCUGAUCGCAAAGCUGCACUCGAUGAGGCGCAGAAACGCAAGUAUGCCAAGUUGGAGCGUAUGCUAGGCCGUGAACCCAAGUCUAUGGACGACUUUCAAGAGGCUGCUGAAAAGCUUGAGGAAGCGGGCGACUCAUUGGAUGCAUCCCACGAGUCAGCGCCUUCUUCGUCAGCAUCCGCGUCUGCGUCUGUGAAUGAAACCAGGACCGCAUCUGCGCCCAAGCGCAAGGAACGACUUGAUGACCAUGAGUAUGUUGAACAAAGCCGAGAAAUCGUCGACAAUGUACGCGGUGCGGUAGCGGCAGCGAUGAAAAAGCGCAAAGGUAAAAAGCGCGCUAUUGACAACGUCGACAAAAAGGCCACUGCGACGUGA